GUGGGGAGGCAACCUACAGCCGCGGAGAACAUUUCUUUCUUUUUCUGUUACUCCAUUAACCCUUUAAAGCUGUAACGUUCCUGUUGGAGUCGUUUCCACCCCCCCGCCUUCCUCCACUGCAGCUCUUUCUGUCCAAGUUGAAUCCAAACCUCUGAGAUCCUCGUCCACAAGCCCAAUGUGUCUCCUGCAGGACAAUUCACACCUCCUCCUGAAGGGGUUCUGCUCUUCUUCUCAGCGCUUUGCUGCGGAAAUCCUGCACCGUUUUCCUCAUUGAACUUUGCAGCAAAGAUCUCGCCUUCUCCGUCCAUUCAGCUUACUGGCUUUUACACGCAAAUCUAUUUGGUACUUUUUUUGCUUUCUUUCUUGUGGAAGUGAUGGCGGAGCUGCGCGCGCGUCUGUUCCUCUUUAUUUCAGCUCUCAUCAUCUCUCUGAAUGCUGCUGUUGCAGAUAAAGGUUCUGCAGUGAGGCCGUUCACUAGGCUGCUGUUCUCGGUGGAGCCGCUGGAUGUGUCAGCUGUACGUGGUUUGCCUGCUGUGUUAAACUGCUCGGUGGUCAGCGAGUAUCCCGUGAGGGUGGAGUGGAAGAAGGACGGCACGUUCCUGAACCUGGCGGCAGACGAGCGCAGACGCCUCCUCCCAGACGGCUCUCUGUUCAUCAGCACCGUGGAGCACUCUGUUUACAACAAGCCUGAUGAAGGCAUGUACCAGUGUGUGGCCUCCAUUGACAACCUGGGCACCAUCAUCAGCCGCGCUGCCCGAGUCACCGUGCCAGGUCUGCCGCAUUUUGCCAGCCAACCGGAGAGUGUGUCUGUAUAUCCUGGGGGUAACGAGGUGCUAAUCUGUGAGGUGAGUGCGGAUCUCGCCCCGUUCACACACUGGCAAAGGAACGGUCAGACCGUAGAAACGGGUGUGCGGCUUGUAAAGCUGCCCAACUCGGCUCUGGUGAUCAGCAACGCUUCACAGGACGAUGCCGGUGCGUAUCGAUGCAUCAUAGAGGGACUGGGACCAGCCAAGACGAGCCAAGAUGCUCAGCUAGAGCUUUUACCAGCCUCAGCUGUCGAUGAGAGAAUGGAAGUCCUAAUGGGUCCGUCUGCUGUGUCCAAGCCCGUAGGAGGGACGGUGCUGCUGCCAUGUGUGGUGAAGGGCGUCCCAUUCCCUGUCAUUCGCUGGACGCGGAACAGCAAGGUCAUUGAUGAGAGUGAUGAAAGAUUUGCUAUAAUUGGUGGAGGCAGCCUGCAGAUUGUGAAUCUGACUGAGGAUGAUGCUGGUACCUACAGCUGCCAGGCAGACAACGGCAAUGAGACCAUCGAAACCCAAGCAGAGCUUAACGUGCAAGUUCCCCCUCGGUUUCUAAAGAAGCCCUCCAACAUGUAUGCUCACGAGGCCAUGGAUAUUAUCUUUGAGUGCGAUGUCGUGGGCUCCCCAGCUCCAACGGUGAAGUGGGUGAAGAACGGAGACGCCGUCAUCCCUAGCGACUACUUUAAAAUAGUGAAUCAGCAUGAUUUGCAGGUUCUGGGAUUGGUGAAGUCUGAUGAGGGUUUUUAUCAGUGUGUGGCUGAGAACGAGGUCGGUAACACCCAGGCCAGCGCUCAGCUCAUCAUCCUGGAUCUGGACAUUGCCCUCCCCACAUCUCCAGUCCCUUCACUGACCAGUGCCACUACUGACCAUGUAGACUCCGGGGAGCGUUCAGGCUCCGUCCCGUCACCGCCGCGCGACCUUGUGGCUUCGCUCGUAUCCACUCGCUUCAUCAAACUCACCUGGAGGCUUCCGGCUGAGCCGCACGGAGACAACCUCACCUUCUCUGUCUUCUACAGCCUUGAUGGCUCCAGCAGGGAGCGGGUUGAGAACACCACAGCUCCAGGAGAACUGCAGGUCACCAUUGACAACCUCAUCCCUGACACUAAGUACACAUUCAGGGUGGUGGCGUCCAACAGAAACGGCCUGGGUGAAAGCUCUGCUCCUCUUACAGUGGCCACCCAGCCUGAAGUGCAGGUACCAGGACCUGCCCCCAACCUGCAGGCUGUGUCCGUCACACCCACUACUGUCACUUUGACCUGGGACAGACCACUCACAGGGAACGGCGAGAUCCAGACCUAUAAACUUUACUACAGCGAGAAAGGAAAGGACGUGGAACAGGACACAGAUGUUGUCGGUUUGUCUUACACAAUGACGGGACUGAAGAAGUUCACACUGUACAGUUUCAGAGUCGUGGCUUACAACAAGCAUGGACCUGGUGUGUCUACAGAUGACCUGAUGGUCCACACCCUUUCUGACGUACCAGGCGCAGCACCUCAAAACGUCUCUCUCGAAGUGCAGAACUCGAGGAGCAUUAUGGUACGAUGGCAGCCUCCUCCUCCUGGCGCUCAGAACGGGGAGCUGACAGGUUAUAAGAUCCGCUACAGGAAAGCUGGGAGGAAAGGAGAUGCAGCCGAGAUCGUAACUAAUCAACUCUUUCAGCUUAUUGAUGGUUUGGAAAGAGGAACCGAGUACUCGUUCCGGCUGUCGGCCAUCACGGUGAACGGCAGCGGCCCGUCGACCGAGUGGAUCUCCGCAGAAACCUUCGAGAACGAUUUGGACGAGUCUCAGGUACCUGGAGUGCCCAGUUCGCUGCAUGUGCGUCCACUGGUGAAUAGCAUCGUGGUGAGUUGGACACCUCCGGAAAAUCAGGACAUUGUGGUGAGAGGCUACAGCAUUGGCUAUGGGAUCGGCAGUCCCCACUCUCAGACCAUUAAAGUGGACUACAAGCAGCGCUACUACAGCAUUGAAAACCUGGACCCAAGCUCGCACUAUGUGCUCACUCUGAAAGCCUUCAACAACAUGGGAGAGGGAAUACCUGUGUACGAGAGCGCCAUCACCAGGCCCCAGUCAGGUCCCAUAGAGCCAGAUAUUGAUUUAUUUAAAAUAUAUCAUCAUACCCCCCACACCCCAGCACCCGAGCCUUCCCCCAUGCUUCCCCCAGUGGGCGUGCAAGCCUCCGUCAUCAGCCACGACGCCGUGAAAGUCUCCUGGGCUGAUAACUCGCUGUCCAAGAACCAGAAGAUCACCGACUCCAGAUAUUACACAGUCCGCUGGAAGACCAACAUCCCGGCCAACACCAAGUAUAAGGUUGCCAACACCACCACUCUAACAUACACCGUAACAAACCUGAAGCCCAACACACUGUACGAGUUCUCGGUCAUGGUGACUAAGGGCCGGCGCAGCAGCACAUGGAGCAUGACUGCUCACGGCACCACCUUGGAGACACUUCCCACAUCGGCACCUAAAGACGUCACUGUGGUGAGUAAAGAAGGUCGUCCACGCACCAUCAACAUCAACUGGCAGCCGCCAUCAGAAGCCAACGGCAAAAUCACAGGCUACAUAAUUUACUACAGUACGGAUUCCAACGCGGAGGUACACGACUGGGUUGUAGAGCCGGUGAUGGGGAACAGACUGACCCACCAGAUUCAGGAGCUCACACUAGACACCGCAUAUUACUUUAAGAUCCAGGCGCGCAACUCCAAAGGCAUGGGGCCGCUCUCGGACACGGUGCACUUCCGCACACCCAAAGCUGAGCCUUCAGACAAAAUGUCAAGUGACCAAGUAGGCUUUCCAGGGAAGCCAGGUGGACGUUCUCCCCUACCAGAUCAUGGAUUUGGGUCCUCGUUGGAUAAGCCAGGAAUCACAGGCAGUCAAGAGAAUCAUAUCCUAGUGAUCAUCAUUGUUUCUGUGGGAGCGUUCACCAUCAUCACUGUGGUCGUGGGUGCAGUCCUGUGUACACGCCACUCCAACUCACAUCAGAAAAAAAAGCGUGCUGCCAGUAAGUCUAGUAAUGCCUCUCACAAGUACAAAAGCACUUCUAAAGACCUGAAGCCUCCAGACUUGUGGAUCCACCACGAGCGACUGGAGAUGAAGUCGAUAGACAAAUCACCAGAGCCCAACGUGGUGAUGACGGAGACACCCAUCCCGCGAGGCACGCAUGAGCCCUCCAUCGGCGACGCUGCACACCAAAGACAAACCACCUACCGAGGUCAUGAGGUUGAGGAGAGCGUGUCUACGCUGGCAGGAAGAAGGGGAGUGAGACCCAAAAUAAUGAUGCCCUUCGACUCACCGCCUCCACAACCUGUUAUUAGUGCACAUCCCAUCCACUCUCUCGACCACCUUCAUCAUCACCAUCAUCAUCACUAUCAUCCUCCACCGCGUGGUUACCUCCAUCAUCAGAUCAGUCUGAGGGCUCCUGCUACGCCCUCGUCCUCUGGCCCUUAUGUAGACAGACCUUCUUCUUCAGAAUCUGUAAGGACUCAGCCACCUUCCUCCGAGCUGCCGGUGGCCUCCAGCCCAGCUGACCUGCAGCACACAGAGGUUGUGAUUAAAGAGGACGAUGCGCACUGCUAUAAACCUCCCACAGCCCACGUCCACCCCACACACCCCAUGAAGAGCUUCACCGUGCCAACUGUCACUGUGUCCACUCACAGCACACCCAGUUCUGCCCUGCCCUGCACCGUGCUCAUGCCUCCACCAGUUCCUGGUGUGAAGGCGGCAUGUAUUGGCACCCUGAGCAGAGCCCGCGCUCCCGUGGCCGUCACCGUUCCCAGCGCUCCUGACCAAUCAGAAAGCAGCAAGAUGUUGCCUCAGAAAGAGUCUUUCCACUGAUACAUGUCUCCCGGUUCCCCUUUUUCCAUCCUCCGUCCUCUCCACCCGCACUCGUAUCUACCUCCAUCAUCCUUUAUCGCACACUCCGUGUCUCUCGCUGCCUCGUCUUUUCUCACACCACAUCCUUUGCCGUGGUCAUAACUCUAACCCCGCCGCUCCCCUGCAUGCCCCUCUCUCUCUUUCUCUCUAAGGCCUACAGGACAGAUGAGCUGUCAGAAGAAAUGGCACAUCUGGAGGGCUUGAUGAAAGACCUGAACGCCAUCACGACGGCCUGAAUGAAUCGACCAGCAUCAACACACACCCAAGAUAAACUCUGAGAAAAGACUCGUGACUUUGAAAGGAACCAACAACACAUUAUUUUCAGGGCGAGGGAUACGAGGGAUACGUUUCUCCGGAUCAGCAGCGGGGUUAAACGUUCGCGGAGAAAAAGCAUCGCAAAGCAAGUACUCUUGAGGAAACUGGAUAUUUUUAAUGUUGUAGUUUUUCGCGACUUCAUAUAGGUAUUUUUUGUGUUUGUUUCUACGUAUACGUACACGUACAUAUGUAUAUAUUUUUUCUUCUUUACAUUUCACGUUUAAAAGGCGUGGGUUUGUCCGGACUCCCUUUAAAGCGGCCAUGCCGUUUACGUUCACGUUUCCUUCCGUGUAAAAGGGAGCACGUGUUUGUUCGUGAGUAUGGACGGCGCGUUUUCGGUUUCAGAUCGAACAACGAAUACGUCCCCUGGACUACGGAGAGACGAUGACGCUCGUGUGCUCGUUCCAGGGGAAACCUGUAGCAUGAAACUCAAAAUAUGCAUCAUAAAUUAUAUGACAGGAAAUGACAUACAGGAUACUGAUAUGUAUAGUUGGAUGUAAAGGCUAUUUUUCUUAAUUAAAAUAAUUUGUUGCAUCAAGUCUACAGUGCUGUAGUCGCAGUACACGGACGGCAAAGAGCGUCGGCUUUAACACCUCCUCUGCUCACGAGUGGACCGUCAGUACGAGCGGAAGCACAAACCGAAUGAUGUCAAGUUUUUUCUGACCUGAAGCAGAACUUGUAUGAAAAUGCACCGAAUUUCUCCUUUCUACAUUUCCAAAAGACACUUUUUAUACUAUGUCCUGUGUUUCUUUUUAAUUUUAUUUUAUUUUAUAAAAGGAAAGUAGUGAUUUUUAAAGUUUUUUUUUUUUUUUAUCCCCCACCAGCUUUCUGUUCCGUGGUUCCUCCUGUCUGACGCCAGAUACGUUUCCAUGUACAAACGUACGUUAAACGUGACAGUAAGAAAUUCUGCUAGUGUUUGUAAGCGUUUCGGGGAUGAAGAUGCCGAACGUUAGCUGAACCAUUAAAACUUCAUUUGCACAUUUUCUAUAGAAUUUAAAAAGGAAACACUGAUGUCAUGUAAAAAACUAAACUAUUUUCCGUAAUAACGAAGCCGGUUUUAUGAAUACUGUCGUUCGAUUUUGACCUUGUGCUACGAACUCAUACUGCUAUUUUCGUUGUUGUACAAUGAUGUGACAGUGCAGUGUAAAAUAUGAUGUUAAGAAAAAAAAAAUACAUUUUUUGUAAUUCGUCUUAACUUUUUUUCAAGCGCUAUUCCUUUAUCACUAUAUGUGUGUGUGUGUGUGUAUGUGUGUGUGUGUAGUUCUUGCUCUACAACCCAACACUAACUAGAAACUAAGAGGCAUUAAAACAAUGAUUCAGUUUAUUAUUUUUUUAUUUG